GCAUAAGCCUCCCGCACGGGCGCCAGCCCCGCCGCCCACGGAACCUGGAGGGGGCUCCCCGGGCGGCAGGAGCAGCUCCCUGGCGCUGCCCCGCGGUCCUCGCGCGCUGGCCGGGCUGCAGCCGCCGGCGCCCGCCUGAGCUAGCGGAACUGCCCGCGCCGGGGGUAGCCGCGUAACUCCGCGCCGCGGAGGCAGCGGGCGCUGCAGCCCGACCCCCCUCUGAUCUCGCGCGGCGCCCGGCCGGCCGGCCGGCGUUCCCUUGCCUGGGGGGAGCUCGGGGCUGCGGCGGGAGCCGGUGCGAGUCUAUUAGCAGGCGCGUGGUAAUGAUGGCGGCGCUCAGUGAGACUUUCCCUGUCGCUGGAUACUACUCCCGGCCCCUGCCCGCCGCCGCGGCAGCCCCGCUCCGAGCCCGCCCUUUGCAGCAGCGCCGCCGGGCAGGGGCCAAAGGCGCGCGUGGGGCGGCCGGCGCGGCGCGGCGCGUGGGGGCGCCGCGCAGCAUGGGGCUGCUGGAGCGGACGCGGAAAGAAUGGUUCAUUCUGGGGAUCGUGCUGGUGAUCGCCGUGGCGAAGCUGGAGCCCGCCGUUGGGGUGAAAGGGGGACCACUGAAGCCAGAAAUUACCAUAACAUAUAUUGCUGUUUCAGCUAUAUUCUUUAACAGUGGACUCUCAUUAAAAACUGAGGAGCUGACAAGUGCUUUGAUGCAUGUGAAACUACAUCUUUUUGUCCAGAUCUUUACACUUGUGUUCUUCCCAACAGCAAUAUGGCUUUUUCUUCAAGUGUUAUCAGUCACACCUAUAAAUGAAUGGCUUUUAAAAGGUUUGCAGACAGUAGGCUGUAUGCCGCCUCCUGUGUCUUCUGCAGUGAUUUUAACCAAAGCUGUUGGUGGAAAUGAGGCAGCUGCUAUAUUUAACUCAGCCUUUGGAAGUUUUUUGGGGCCAUGGACUUUGAAAAGAAAACAUGACCUGGCUAAUCGAAAGGAGAUGGGUAUCAUUAUAACUCCACUUCUACUGCUGCUUUUUCUUGGAUCAUCCUCCUCUGUGCCUUUUACAUCUAUAUUCUCACAGCUGUUUAUGACUGUUGUCGUUCCUCUUAUUAUUGGACAGAUUGUCCGAAGACACAUCAAGGAUUGGCUUGAGAGGAAGAAACCUCCAUUUGGUGCUAUCAGCAGCUGUGUGCUCCUGAUGAUCAUCUAUACAACGUUCUGUGACACUUUCUCUAAUCCAAAUAUUGACCUUGAUAAAUUUAGCUUGAUUAUAAUAGUGUUCAUAAUAUUUUUUGUUCAGCUGAGCUUCAUGCUUUUAACUUUCCUCUUUUCUACAAGGAAUAACUCUGGUUUCACACCAGCAGACACCGUGGCUAUCAUUUUUUGUUCCACACACAAAUCCCUCACCCUGGGGAUUCCAAUGCUGAAGAUAGUAUUUUCCGGCUAUGAGCACCUGUCGUUAAUUUCCGUCCCCUUACUUAUCUAUCACCCAGCUCAGAUUCUUCUUGGCAGUGUGUUGGUACCAACAAUAAAAUCUUGGAUGGUUUCUAGACAGAAGGCACUGAAAUUAACAAGACAGCCCAAAGCACCUGUGAAGGUAUAACAAUGGAAGCAGUCCGUGUCACAGUGAAUGUAUAUAUGUACUAUACUGUACACACAGAGACAAUUGAGAAGACUGGUAUUUGUGAAUGUUGCUUUAGCGCAUAUUUUAUUUUUCUAUAUAUAAUAAAUAAGAGAUACCUGUUUAAGUGCCUUAAAAAUGCAUUUUUGGCAAAAGCAUUGAUUCCAGAAGCCACUUUGUUAGUUACUGCAAGAGGUUGUACAGUAUUUUGUAGUCAUUUAGUUUUUAUUUUUCUAACAGAACGAAUUAUCAUAAUAAUUAAAAGCUGUGUUCCCUUCAUCACCUCUCAUUUGAAGCUAGGAUGCACCACCUGUAAGUUAGUGUUUUAAACUAGCUAAAAUGACCAGGGGCUAUGCUGGCUAACUUUAGAGAAGUGCUUUCUGAAGUUCUGUUCAAGAUUAACUUGAAUUUCUAUGCGAUUCUCUUCUCCUCCCUAGUCAUAUGGCUGUGACAUGCCUUUUUCUUCUGAGUUUGUGUACACUCAGCAUGGGGCCAUCCAUUGGGUAGGAGCUGAGAAGCAUAAAUUAUUUGCAUUUCUUGACACAGUUGUCUAGACAUUCCUUCAAAGUUAAUGGUUUCUCAAGAAAUUUCUUUCAGUUCUGUAUUAUGAUAUUGUGGCAUUGUAUGUCUUAAGUGCAUCAUAAGCUUCUUCAAAGAAAUGGUCUGGUGCUUGGGUUAUGAGUGAAAUAUUUGUGUUUUGCAACUAAGAGGGGUUUUUUUUAUUAUUUAUCCAAGGUGAACACUUUUUUUUUUCUUUUUUUCUGUUCUUUCUCCCAAAUGCAACACAGAGAUUUGCAGUGAUAGGAUUUAGUUGCUAUUUUUAAAAUAGAAUCUUUACCAUAGUGAAAGCAAAACUAAGUUAUAUAUUGCCAUGUUAAUAAACCUCAUGAGGACAAGAAAGUUGACAGUUUUUUUCUCUAAUUGAGAAGGUUGUAAGACAAAUUAAGAAGGAUGCUUCUAACAAUAAAAACAUUAUCAUGGUUAAUUUUACAAUCAAUUGCAAAUAUUUUCUUUAAAAAUAUAGAAUUUUUUUUUAAUAAACAGAGAAAAGGGACCAAGGAUACAUGGAGAACAGGUAUAUAGUUGAACACACAACAAGCACCUUAUUCAAAAUGUCAGGCAAUUAGAAUGGGUGCAUUAACAUGAAUUUUAAGAUGUACCUCUCUGCUGGAAUUGUGGUGGUGACUGUCCAUUAAAAAAUAAAAGAGAAAAAAAGAAAACUUCAAACAAUAAGAUAGAUAAAAGUACAGAGUUCAGAGGUAUCCUGUAUGUCGCUAUUCCCCUUGCAUUCAAUUGCAUUGCAAGCAGUAACUGCAAACACAAAGGGGAAGAUCCUCAGUUUCUCUGCCAUAGCUCCAUUGAGCUAUGAAGAUUUUAUACCAGCUGUCGAUCUGUCUUAAGAUGCUUGGGAUGCAUGUCCCCAUGUGUUUGUCAAAUUAUUUUUCGCUGUAUCUCUCCUGUUGUUCCUGUUAUUUUUCGCUGUAUCUCUCCUGUUGGUUUAACAUAAGAGGAUUCCAUUUGGUGCCAAGCAGAGAUGCCUUGUGUUAGCAGAGGUCUGUAGUAGGCUGCUCCAUUGCCACUGAGAUUAAAAUAUCAGACAUUAUUACUGGCUGUCAGUGAUGUGUUUUGAAAUCAUCAAUCCCUGAUCAUAAAACAUGCAAGCAACAAAGAUUCUGCAAGGUGCUGACGCCCUCAGUUUCCAUUAACUAGAGUUGAACCAAUGAAACUAAACACGAAUGAGAGUUGAGGGUGCUCAGCGCCUUCCAAGAUUGGGCCUGUAUUAUCUAAGCUUCUUUUCAGCUGCAAAUAAUGCACAGAGCAGUGGCCAGUGAGCUCAAAGAUGUUUUUGAUAAGUGUGCCUUUAGAGGUGUGCUCAAACCCAGUUAUGAAAGUAGAUCAAACAUAAGUUUUUAGUUCCAAAUCAUAAGCUUCACUUUAUCAAAUGUUUAACAUAAAGUGGCUCCAUAUGCAUCAAAAUUCCUUUACCUAAUGCUUAAGAACACUGAGAGCAGCCAAGGGUUAGCUAAAGGGCACAGUUCCAUUAUAGCCUUUUUGUUUUGUUUCCAUGAAUCUGUCUCUGAACCCUCAAAGUAUAAAAAGGCCUGAUCCAGCUCCAGUUGAGAUCAGUGAAUUUUUCUGUUGGCUUUAAUAGGCAUUGAAUCAAGCCCAAAGACAGCAUGAGUUUGUGGUUGACUGUUAUAAAUUAUUAAAAGAAUUCUAGCACACACAAUUGCUUUUCCCCCCUUUAUUGAUUGUGUCCUCUCUAAACAGUCAAUACACUGCUAAUAUUCCAACUGAUCUACCUCUAUGUACUGAAUCUAACGCCUUCAAUAAAUGCAACAACUAGUUUAGAUUCCGUUGAAAAUGUCUCUUUGUUAUAAUUUUAUUGUGUUAAAAAUAUUCUUAAGACUAUUUUCCAGAGAAUUUUGUUAGAUCCUUUAGUGUAAUUAGUGAUGGUUUAGAGCAGCGUAAAUGGUAUAUGUUAAUUCCUGUUUUUACAUAAAUUAAUGUUGGAUGUAUUAUUCUGAACGAGAGAUAAAGCAAAUCUGAAAUAAGUUUUUAAAUCCAUACUUAGUGGAACUUAAUUAUUCAUAUCCAAAAUAUUCUGUUAUGUUUAAAGAUGGUUUAGCUGUUCAUUUUAUGCCUUCAAUUAUGCUUACAUGCCUUUAUAAAAGGAACACAUGGGACUUAGUUUUGUUAAUGUGAAAUUAGGGGAAAGACAAACUUCCUUAUCAUCUGGGUCUGUGUUUUGGGUGGGGGGGGAGGGGUUGUAAGUUGAGGUUUCAUUCUUUUGUCAGUGAAGUUGUAGAAUUUUCUGCAUGUUCCUUUUUAUAAAAAAAAAAAGUGUGAACAAUUUUUAAAAUAUUUCACUAAUUAAAUUGAAAAAAAAGUUCUUUGUCUAGAGACAGUCCUUUUCUUGUGGCUAUAAAUAACUUCAAGACCUGUUUUUAUGUAGCAGGAAAGGUGAGAAUCAAGCAGAAGAUAUGGCAAGUUGUAAUCAGAUUUAAAUAAAUUAAUUGAAUAUAGUGCUGUUUUAUAAGUAGAGGAUUAGAAAACAUUCUGAAUGUUUUUGGCCUUGGCUUCACAUUUAUUGGGAAAAAUCCAGCAGUCUAUAUUCAGAAUAAAACUCCUUUUAAUAUGAAUGAGAUUUUUGGACUAUGUUUAGGACUUCAAGGAUUCUGCUCACUCAUUAAUGCCUUACAUUCUGUAUAUCUGAGGCUCCAUAUAUUACUGUCAAUGCAAAAAAAAAAAAAAAUCACAUGUCGUAUUGUCAACUCUGGCUAUCAAGAGUUAACAGAACAGCUAAUCAUCUCUUAUGUGUUGGAAUAAACAAAGCGCCAAAGCUAAAAGGGUAUAAUGACCUAAGUAAUAUGUUUAAGUCAAAUAAUUUUCUAAUUCUUUUGAAAUCGUUAUCCACUACUUUUUUGGGUUUUGUACUUUUUGUGUCAGUUGCUUAGUUUGUGCAGCACACAGGCUAAAAGAGCAACAGUCAUAGGAGAGACUGAUGACUUGUAUCCAUCCACAGAGGAGAAACAGAAGAAUUCAGCAGUUUGGUUUCACAAAAAUACAUAUAAAAUUUGUAUAAAUUAUUCUGGUGAACAGGGAAAGAGGAAACCUUUGUAGUAUGCUCCCUAAUCACAAUUUUCACCUUCAGUUGUACAUGUGCAUGAUUUUCUGCAGGAAUAUCUUGAUGCAGGAGUGAGAUAGAAACCAGGAUGAAAAACUGUGUGUAGUAAGCACACAAAAAUUGUGUGUAUAUAUACAUACAUACCUCUGUGUGUGUAUGUAUGCAUACAUCUCUAGAGAGAAACAAGUCCAAAAUAUAUAAUUGUUUGCAAGUUCACAUGUGGAAGAGUUGUUUCUUUAUUUGAUGUUAUUCUGGCAUUAAAAAAUGAAAUACAGAAAACACUGAAUUGCAUUUCGUAUUGAAUCAUAAUCUUCUACAGAAUUCUGCAUAUCAGACUAUCACAGUAUCAUACUUUUUAAAACUUGUGUCAUGCAAACUAUUUUGCAAUUAAAUAGAUGUUGCAGCACUGGAGUGAUGUAUUUGGGGAAUUACUACCUGAUAAGAGGCUAAAUCAUAAAUUCUCCAUUUUGUUAUCAUUCAAAUUCAAUUAUAUUACCAUUAUUAUAAAGUGCCACAUGUAGCCAUGGCCUCUUGCAAACACAUUAAAUAGACAAGAUAUUAAACUCUGCCCUUCAGUUACAUUUAUGCAUCUCCAAUGAGCUGUCUGUCAAACUAUGAAGUAAUCUUGCAAGGAAAGCUACUUGAGAAGCACUUCUAUUGUUCUAAAACUGCUCUGUAUUAUGUAGCAUGCUAAGAGAGUAGAUGAAGAGUAGUUUUAUUUUAAGUGUGAUGGUUUGUCCUCUCCAACCCAUAACAAACCUGAUCUCCACUGGCCCAGAUUACAAGAGUUCUGAAGUCAAUCCAGCCUCCGAGAUUGUACAGAUUGUACCUUCUUAGGAGACCAUACUUAGGUGUCUCUUUACUUUCUCAUCUUUGAACCGCAUACCAAGAAUAGUUGUCAAAUAUAAAUUCUUUUGGAUCCUUUAGAUCAAAAUCUUUUUGGUUAUAUGUAGGCUUUGAAGGAUUAGAUGAUUAUGGGUAAAUGUUGGUACAUGUCAAUUCCACUGUACACACACAAACCGACAAAAAAAUAUUUCCAUUGAUGAUGAUCAAAAUAUACAGAUAGGAAAAGUAAGAAAAAAUGCUGCUUGAGAAUUUUAUUAGUCUGAUUUAAGGAUAUUUACUUUGUCUAUUUUGACAUGUGAUGUUGACAAUUUGUGUUUUAGCUGUUAUAAAACUUUAACUUUUGGA